AUGACGGCUGUCGCAAGCGCUCCCAUCAUGAGCAACCACGAUUCAGGAACUGAGGGGGCCGAGCAAAGCCCUUCGCGUUUCACGGCGGUCAAUGGCAAGGAACCGACUAUCCCCGCGCCGGCAGCGGUGAAUUCGACCUUACCGCACCCGCCAGAUGCCCCGCCAAGCCUGGAACCCCAUGAUCCUCCGGUGAAACGCGAUGUAGAGAGUGCGGAUGAUCAGCAGUCCCUUGCAUCGUCACCCGAGGUGUCAACCUAUAACAAGCAUAAGCGGAAAAGGUCCGAGUCUGGAGAGCAGGACUCCCGCCAGUCAUCUGAGCAUGAGCAUAUGACGAGCCGACCCAUGAACUUUCCUCCAGGUUCAGAUGCCUUGCGGAACUCCAAUGGCGCCGGGUCCGGCUCUGCCUCAGAUAUGGAGCCUAAUCACCCUGGGGGCCGGUCAGACCAGGAAACAGGCCCGGGUUCCUCGAACGGCCCCUGGCCCGAAUACGAUUCCCAGCUGGUAAGCCAGGCGCAAUGCGCUCAGCAAAUGGAUUCAUCCGACGUGCAGCUGGCAGAUGCUCUCCAAGAGGCGCAUGGACAGGAUUCUAGUCCGAGGAAUCUCAGUGCGAGCCGACUGACACCUGGCCCCCCAAUGCAGUCCGCCUCCUCUCCGGCGUACUCUUCAGAACGAGCUGGAACGGCAGUUCAAGUGGCACCGAAGCGGAAAAGAGUCUUUAGCAAUCGGACCAAGACGGGUUGCAUGACCUGCCGAAGGAGGAAAAAGAAAUGCGAUGAGCAGCACCCUGCCUGCAACAACUGUCUUCGCGGGGGCUUUUUAUGCGAAGGCUACACUUCGCGAAGUACAUGGCAAAAGCCCUCAGGAUCCAAAGCGCCAGUACCAUUACAAUCUAAAGAAGGUUAUCCCGAGAUGACCGCUCAAUAUGUACCUGAGGCUGCAUCACAUCAUGAACGUCCCUUAACCGAACACAUGGAUUCACGAAAAAUGCGACCCAUCGUUGAUGAAAAUGAACGACCGGCUUCACAAUACAAUACCAGCCCCACGGAAGGGGGCUCGAAUCAGCACCCUUCCUGGUCAAAACGAGGAUGGCCCGGCACGACCAGUCACUCGCCAUAUGUAUCAGAGCAUCUAGCGAAACCCGAUUUCCGCGAAAUCCCGUCCCUGCAUGAGCUUCCCCGGGAAGGUCCAUCAAAGCCCGAGUAUCCGGUCGUGCCGCCGAUUCGAGAAAUCUCUCACGGGCCGCCCCCGAAGUCGAAUAUACCCUUGUUCCAGGGACCUCCUGAGCAAAGACCUCUUCCUCCCACGACCAUGGAUGCAAGCAGCCCGCAGACACAAGCGAGAAUGGCCCUGAGCAUCGAAAAUCAGCUUUCUACCCACCCGGUUCCCGCGGAGGAUACAGAGAGAGAUAGGAUGGUCCGUGGGGACUACUAUCGGCCAUUUGAAAUGCAAUUAAUGGAAGACAGAGAUCGCUGUAAACGAGCGCUGUGGAGAUUCAACAACGCGUGCAGUCCGUUCUCUGGGGUCAGCUCCAAAGAACAGAACCGCUUAUUGAAGGAAGUGUUGGUCCCGCCGUCCAAUUCUGCAGCGAGUUCGCCGGGUACCAGUUCACCAGGAACUCGCCACGGGCCUGCUAUCGGGACUGGCGCCAUUGUCGAGGCACCAUUCAAUUGCCACUAUGGAUACAACAUCACAAUUGGAGAGGAUGUAAUGAUCUCUCACAAUUGCCUGUUUGUUGACGACUGUGGCAUCAGCAUCGGAGCCCAUACAUGGAUUGGGCCUAAUGUCUCUAUCCUAAGCUCUAUGGCUCAUUCCAGUAUGCAGGAGCGCAAAGGCACUCAAAGCCGGUACCAAGGCCGCCGGGUCCACAUUGCCGAGGACUGCUACCUUGGUGCGGGAUGUACGAUCUUCCCCGGCAUCACUUUGUAUAGGGGUGCGUAUGUCGCACCUGGAGAGGUCGUCAAGAGCGACAUUGUGGCCUACGGCUUUCAGGGAUUCAAGCCCAACUACAUGUAG